AUGCUGACUCCGGCCUGAAUCCCAGGACCUUCACUUGUCUAUCGCAAUCCAUGGCUGCUGCGUAGGAGAGCAGAUUUCUGGGAGCCAUCUUUAUGUCCUGGUAGUCCAAAGGUACACAGUGAACUUUCUCCACUUGUCCAAAAGUUGAUCAUAAAUCCCCUGCUUAGGCCUUUUGGAUACUGUCAUCCCUUCAGUGACCUGGAGGAUUAAGGUCCUACAGCCUGGCUCUGGUUUCGUUUGGAAGGCAGUUUCUCUAUGGUGGGAUCAGAGGAGCAGUAGCCUGGUGGUCCUAGCGCUGCAAGGAUAAAUGUAAACCAAGGUUUGAGGAAGAGGGGAUGCCCCAGGGCCUGUGCCCCUUCCUUCGGAGUUAUGGCCGCAGCGCCAUCAGGCAAGCGGUGAAGGGGAAGUGGCGCGGUGCCGGCCACGGCCCCCCCGUUGCGUGAGGAAAUGGCUCUCACGUGAGGGAAGCGGCAGCGCCCGGCUCACCCUGCCUGCUGCCCUAGGAGGAGGCGCCAGCGGGUCUGGGGCUGUCUGCAGCAUGCCGACGAGCUUCACGGUGGUGCCAGUGGAGGCGCAGGGCGAGGAGCGGCAGCAGGAUGGGCGGCAGCGAGAGGAGGAAGAUGAAGGCGACGAGAGGGACCGGGGCACUGGGUGUGCCAGAGCAGGACAGUAGAUCUACAGGUUAAUGCAAUUUAUAUUUCAAUAAGGAAUAGAUUAAAUAUAACAUGUCAUGGAAGAGUCCCCACAACCUUUAUGAGGGGAUGGGAUUGCCAGGGAAAGUAGUCCAUUUAUUAACUGUGCAGAAUUGGGCAGAGGAAACAUGUAUGAAGGAAAGAAUAUGGCUCUCUUUGAGGAAGAAAUGGAUAGUAACCCCAUGGUAUCAUCUCUUCUGAAUAAACUAGCAAACUACACUAAUCUGACUCAAGGAGUGGUGGAACAUGAAGCAGAUGAAGACAGCAAACGAAAGGAAGUCAAGGGUCCACGAAUGGGCACUUUUAUUGGCGUAUAUCUUCCCUGUUUGCAAAACAUCUUGGGAGUUAUCCUUUUCCUGCGUUUAACAUGGAUUGUAGGAACAGCUGGCGUUCUUGAGUCUUUCAUCAUUGUGUUCAUGUGUUGUGCUUGUACUAUGCUAACUGCAAUUUCAAUGAGUGCUAUAGCAACAAAUGGUGUAGUUCCAGCUGGAGGCUCUUACUACAUGAUUUCAAGAUCUUUAGGGCCAGAGUUUGGUGGAGCAGUGGGACUUUGUUUCUACUUGGGCACAACCUUUGCAGGAGCAAUGUACAUUCUUGGUACCAUUGAAAUUUUAUUGACCUAUAUUUCUCCAAGUGCUGCUAUAUUUAAAGUGGCAGACGUUGGUGAAGAAACAGAGGCUAUGCUGAACAACAUGAGAGUCUAUGGAACAUGUAUUGUCAUUCUGAUGGCCAUAGUGGUUUUUGUGGGAGUAAAGUAUGUUAACAAACUUGCACUGGUCUUCCUUGCCUGUGUGAUUCUUUCCAUCAUUGCCAUAUAUGCUGGAGUUAUUAAGACUGCUUUUGACCCACCUGACUUUCCUAUCUGUCUCCUUGGAAACCAUACAUUGUCAAAACGCAGCUUUGAUGUCUGUGCCAAAUUUACUGAAAGCAAUAAUGAAACAAAGACUACACCUUUGUGGCGCAUGUUCUGUGACAGUUCUUUGCUUAAUGCUACAUGUGAUGACUACUUUAGUCUCAAUAAUGUAACAGAAAUUCAAGGAAUUCCAGGAAUAAUGAGUGGAGUUCUAACUGAUAAUCUCUGGAGUGCCUAUUCAGAAAAAGGAUCAAUAGUUGAGAAAAAAGAUCAGCCAUCAGUUGCUGGAUCAGAAGAAUCAAAAAUGGGUGGACUUCCUUAUGUUUUUACAGACAUCACGACCUACUUCACAAUGCUUGUAGGGAUUUAUUUCCCAUCUGUGACAGGUAUUAUGGCAGGUUCAAAUAGAUCUGGAGAUCUAAAGGAUGCUCAGAAAUCUAUUCCUACUGGAACAAUUUUGGCUAUUUCAACUACAUCUUUUAUUUAUCUCUCCUGUAUAGUGUUGUUUGGUGCCUGUAUAGAAGGUGUAAUAUUAAGAGAUAAGUUUGGAGAAGCAGUUAAUGGAAAUCUGGUGGUUGGUACACUGGCCUGGCCUUCUCCAUGGGUUAUUGUGAUUGGUUCAUUCUUUUCAACAUGUGGUGCUGGUCUCCAGAGUCUCACUGGUGCACCCCGGCUAUUGCAGGCCAUUGCAAGAGAUGGCAUUGUACCAUUUAUUCAAAUAUUUGGUCAUGGAAAAGCAAAUGGAGAACCAACUUGGGCUCUGCUUCUCACUGUUGGUAUUUGUGAAAUAGGAAUUUUGAUAGCCUCAUUGGACAGUGUAGCACCAAUUCUUUCAAUGUUUUUCCUUAUGUGCUAUAUGUUUGUAAAUCUGGCUUGUGCAGUUCAGACGCUUUUGCGAACUCCCAACUGGAGACCUCGUUUCAAGUAUUACCACUGGACUCUUUCAUUCCUGGGGAUGAGUUUAUGUCUUGCCUUGAUGUUCAUUUGCUCUUGGUACUAUGCUUUGAUUGCCAUGCUAAUCGCAGGAUGUAUAUACAAAUACAUAGAAUAUAGAGGAGCGGAAAAAGAAUGGGGCGAUGGAAUCCGAGGACUGUCUCUGAAUGCAGCUCGCUAUGCUUUGCUUCGUGUUGAAGACGGUCCUCCUCACACCAAGAACUGGAGACCUCAACUUUUGGUCUUGUUAAACUUGGAUAAUGAGCAGUUAGUCAAACACCCGAGAUUGCUUUCUUUUACCUCUCAGUUGAAGGCUGGUAAAGGACUGACUAUUGUGGGUUCUGUGCUUCAGGGAAUCUACUUAGAUAAAUAUACAGAAACUCAGAAAGCUGAAGAGAAUGUUAAGGCCUUAAUGGGUGUAGAAAAGACUAAAGGAUUUUGCCAGAUUGUGGUAUCUCCUCACUUCAGAGAUGGAAUAUCCUAUUUGAUUCAGUCAGCUGGUCUAGGAGGGAUGAAGCACAACACGGUCCUGAUGGCAUGGCCACAGUCGUGGAAGCAGGCAGAAAAUCGUUUCUCAUGGAAAAAUUUUGUUGAUACUGUACGAGAAACAACUUCAGCUCAACAAGCGCUCUUGGUGGCUAAAAACAUUGACUUAUUUCCAACAAAUCAAGAACGUUUUACUGAAGGAAAUAUAGAUGUGUGGUGGAUUGUUCAUGAUGGUGGUAUGCUGAUGUUGCUGCCUUUUCUUCUUCGACAGCACAAGGUUUGGAGAAAAUGUAAAAUGCGUAUCUUCACCGUUGCUCAAAUGGAUGAUAAUAGCAUUCAAAUGAAGAAGGAUCUUCAGAUGUUCUUAUACCACCUUAGACUAAAUGCUCAAGUGGAAGUUGUUGAAAUGUUUGAAAAUGAUAUUUCUGCGUUCACAUAUGAGAAGACACUUAUGAUGGAACAGCGAUCUCAGAUGCUAAAACAGAUGCAACUAUCAAAGAAUGAAAGAGAAAGAGAGGCUCAGCUGAUCCAUGAUAAAAACACUGCCUCACGCUCUGCUCCAGCAGUUGAAGCAAGUGUGGCUGCUGCUGUGCCAGAGAAAGUGCAAAUGACCUGGACUAAAGAAAAGUUUGUAGCAGAAAAGCAUAAAAACAAGGAUCCCAAUGUGUCUGGCUUUAAAGAUAUUUUCAACAUGAAGCCGAAUCAGUCAAAUGUGAGAAGAAUGCACACUGCUGUGAAGCUCAAUGGAGUAGUGCUUAAUAAAUCACAACAUGCUCAGCUAGUUCUCCUGAAUAUGCCUGGACCUCCUAAAAACAGAAAAGGGGAUGAAAACUACAUGGAAUUUCUGGAAGUUCUGACAGAAGGUCUAGAUAGAGUUCUCCUAGUCCGAGGCAGUGGACGUGAAGUGAUCACCAUUUAUUCUUGAACUGUUUGCCAAACACAACACACCCCUCACCAUAAGAAAACAAAGUUUUUUGCCAUAAUUUGAGCAGCUUCAUUGUCUCCUAGUGCAUUGAAAAUUAGCUUCAAACUGAAUCUUCUGAUGAUGUGUUCUUUUUUUCCCAGCAAGAUGCUCUAUUUAAAUAAUAUUUUAAGCAGAUUUAUGUAGAAAAUUAAUAAAUGGUGAAUUAAUAAAUGGUGGAUGGCUUAGGAUAUUUAUAUGCAGCGUAUUCUGACACUUCUUAAGCUGUGGUAAAACAAAAAAAAAUUGUUAAUGGAAUCAUAUUUUUAAAGAUAUAGAAAUGUCAUGUCAUAAUCAAAUGAUAUUUAAUCUUUGCAUCUAAAUAAAAGGGAAGGGUUUUAGAAAAGGUUGUCUUUUUUUCAUACAAAAAUGCUGCUAUGUUGCUUCUUUUGGAAUUAGUCAUGGUUCAGGAACCUUCCUUCCGAGAUGUAUACAGCCAGUCAAAUUUAUUUAUGAAGUGAAUUAAGUGUUUCCCAGAAGUUCGUUAUUUGCCAUCCCUGUUAAAAAUAACAUUUCUGUAUUUAAAAUACUUAGGUAGCUGAAACCUCCAGAUUAUAGUAAAUAGAUAAACUAUGUGAGUUCUUUUCUAUUAGGUACUAGCAGUUACCGGUUUUUUGCAUGAUUAUAGCAAUAAUGCAACAUGAGAGCAUCCAACUUAUAGGAAGGCUGUGGUGCAGGAACUCCACCUGGUUCCAAAUAUAAUUCAACAGUUGAUAAACCACAACAAGGUGGUUAAUGAAAUGCAGUCUCUUGUUUUCAAAUAUUUAUAUUUUGAAAAUGUUGUAUGUAUGUGCUGCUGUUUGAAAUAAAAUCUGCUUUUCUGAACUGAA